UGAUUUUUAAGGGGUAAGGUAUAAAGAGGAUAGAUUUUUAUACGUUGAUUUUCUACCAAUAUAACUCUUCUAAUUUACUGGUUUCAAUGAUUCUACCGUAUUUUUUAAAAUAGGUCAUAUUUGCCCGAAACGUUUACACAUAAUUACCAAGAAAGAGUUACCCAGUUAUACACGCUAUUAAUCAUAUUAUAUCCAUUUGAAACCUACUUUAGGGGAAUGUUUUGAAGAUAACAAGAUAUUACCAAAUCUCAAAAUUGGAAAACGUAAUAUUAGCCUAUGCAAGUUUGCCACAUACUUAGCUUAAAAAUCACUUCUAAAUUGUAUUAGAGAGUAUUACGCUUACUGGAAUGCCCCUCAUUCUGUCAAAAGAGAAAAUAAUUUCUACAAAAAUACUUUACUCCGUUAUUAUAUAAAUUAGACGAAAUAAAGCUUUGUAGAACAACAAGAAAAGAAUGUUUAAAACGUGAAAAGUAAGUACUGUAUUAUGAAGUUCAGACGAGCAAAAAUUCGGCAGAAUGAGAUAAUAUCAUUUUUGCUGCUCUUACAUCUGUACAAUAGUAAAUUGAAUAACAUUUUAAAAUUUAAAUAAAUAAAUAAAAAUAGGACGGAGUAUAUUUAUUUCUAAUAAAAUAAUUUUCUAAUGACACAACGGUGUCUUAAUUAUUUUGAGGUAUUUUAAAGGUUGAUAACGGGAAUAAUGUAUUGCACGUAAAUUAUCUCUAUUUUUUCUUGAAAAAUUUUUUUUGUACAUUGAACAUUUGUGCAGUUCAAAAUAGGUGUUUGCCUCGGGGUAUCUAAUUUUCAGAGGUAUAAGAAGGGUAGAUUUUCAUACGCCAUGAUAACAUCUGAGAAAACAAGUAUAAGUUGUAAAUAGCGUAUCUUCAAAUAUUGAGAUGUUGCCAACACCCCAUACUAAUAAAAGAAAUAGAUCUGAUUUCAACUGGAACGCAUGUUUUAUAUGUGAAGCAUAUUAUGAUUUUAAAAACCCUACUUAGCUGUAUAUUGGAAAAAGAUCAAUUUAUUCAAAACUUUGAAAAGCUUCCCAUUUGUACAAUUUAAUCCAAUUCUGCUGAUAUAUUUCAGGGAACAUUACUCGCAAAUCUAAAAUGAAAUUUUCCGUUUCUGUCACCUUAAUUUUGCUCUUUCCCUGUGUGUUAUGUCACAUGCCGACAUUGUAUGAAUUUUGUUCACACGUGGUGGCAAACGGCAAUGCGAGUCUCGCCAGAUGUGACUCGAGUCAGUGCCAAGGAAGGCCAGGAAAAAGAGGAAUUGAUGGACCACGUGGAUUGCCCGGAAUUCAAGGAGAACGGGGCGAACCUGGAACAGCGGAACAUCUAGAAGAAAGGAUAAAAAAGUUGGAAGAUUCUUUCUUGAUGAAUAAAAGAGUCAUGGCGAAGACCAAUCCUGAGAUUUGCUACAUGGGUGUAAAGAAUCGUCAUAUCAUUCCCGACUCACAAAUCACAGCUUCAUCAAUUUAUGAUAACAGACAUCAAGCUUAUUAUGGAAGAUUGGACAAUCUGGAUCGUUCUGGAGGGAAAUAUGAAGUAUGGGCUGCUAAAAGAAAUACAAUAGGAGAAUGGCAUCAGGUAGAUUUCAUGGCGCCAAAACCAAUAGGAGGAAUCGUGACACAAGGAUACGAGGAUGCCGAUCAAUGGGUCCGGUCUUUCAAAAUAUCAUACGGAAAUUCUACCAGCGCAAUGAUCAGUAUACAAGAGAAUGGUUCAGACAAGAUAUUUACUGGAAAUAAUGACAGAACCAAGGUCACCAACAUGUUUCCGAAUGUAAUAAUAUGUCGAUACAUUCGAGUUUAUCCUCAAACAUGGAAAACUCAUAUGGUCAUGAGAUUGGAAUACAUUGAUGGAAUGUGUCAUGGUUUAUUGUAACUGACAUGGAAUGAACUUGGCAAUCUACCAAUAAGAUUGUCAUAUGUACAAUACUAAUGAUUUUACACCAGGUUAGAUAAACAGUGAAUGGCAGUCUGCUGUUGCGGUGGUGUUAUAGCGACUGGCGCCUGUUGAUCUCAAUUUUUCAGCUUUUUGCUUUGUUCCAACUGAUUCAUGAUUUUGCUAGAAUGCAUGCCAAGCACUGUUAAAUUCUAAUUUUGUUUUCCAACUCUAAUUAUCCAAAGUGCGUUUAGGUAAAAUAAUCCAUUUUCAUCAAUUGUUGGAUUGUUCUGCUUCGCUUUGAUCUUCUGAGUAAUAUCUUUGAGCAUCACUCUCUUUUAAAAGGAAUAAUAUUUGAGAAAUUUUUUAAAUAUCUGUUCAGAUAAGCGUAUUCGGACAGUUUGCUUCAUAAAAUUCAUUUUUGUUUCACUUACUGAACUACGUAUAAAUUCCUGAAAAUCCUUUAAUAUUUUAGGAGAUAUUUGCUUUAUCAUAUUAUGUGAACAAAAAUUAUGUAAUUAGUAAAUCACGAAUCAUAAAUCAACUUAAUGAUAAAAAUCUGCUUUUAAACGCGAUUAAUUGUCGCCACAACACUUCUGUCAUUUAUUCAUUUUUGGCCGUGUAUAUACCUAGUCUACAGUAUAGCCAUAGUAAUAUUUUUGUGUUCGAUGAAUUUUUGCUCAGCUGUCAUUCUAUGUCAGCUACUAGUUAUCUUUGUGGU